GUGCUCUUAUGAAUGAUCGCUGCUGUGGUUGUUUGCUGCUCUCAAGGACAAGUAGUACUAAGUGAAAUUGAAGCUCUGCUUUCAUCCCGAUUUCAAGACAUCUGAGACCACGAUAAGCUCUGAUCGAUCCCUGUCUUCCCAUGGUCAUGACUCCCGCAGAGGAACCUUAGUGACGCCUCGUAGGGAGUGCAGGAGGACUUUGAGACCAGCUGAAAGAAGCUGAAAGAAGGGUCAGAUCUGGUCUCAUCUUUGUGCCACGCUUGAAAUACCUCUCCCUAUCUCUCAUGCCAGUGCUGAAUCAUACGAAACACACGUUUUAAGCCAGGCGAUUGACUCUUCGCCAGCAUGAAGAGGGUCACCGCGUUCUUGGCUCUAGCAUCCGUCCUCUCAGGUACCAACGCCUACUGGAAAGGCUUCAAUAUAAAAUCCUACCAAGCCGACGGCACAACCUGCAAAACCGCGUCGGACUGGGCGAAUGCCUUCCACACCCUCACCACGCUCCCGAACAAGAUCAACUCUGCCCGGCUCUACUAUUCCUCCGCCUGCGACACUCUCACCAACGCCGUCCCCGCCGCCAUCAGCGCAGGCCUCUUCCUCCUCGUCGGCGUCAACCCGGAAUCGCAGUUCGAGGAGGAGAAAGCCGCGCUGCAAGCCGCGGUCCAGAGGCAUGGCUGGGACUGGAUCGUCAGCGUCAGCGUCGGCAGCGAGGAUCUAUACCGCGGGACCACGAACGCCACCACUCUGGCGCGACAGAUCAACGAGGUGCGGGACGUGCUGAGCAGCAUCUCCGGCUACAGCCCCAGCAUCAAAGUCGGGCACGUCGACACCACCAAUGCGUGGACCAACCGCAGCAACGCGGCGGUGAUCCAAGCCUGCGACUUCGUCGGCACCGACAUCUACCCGUACUUCCAGGACCUGCAGAACAACAGCAUCGAGAACGCCGACGACCUCUUCUGGAACGGCGUCAAGGAGGUCAGAGAAGCCGUCGCGGACGCCGGACGCGAUACUUCGGUCUGGGUCACCGAGUCGGGCUGGCCGGUUAAUGGGACGACGAAGAAUCUGGCGGUUGCGGACACGAAGAACGCCAAGAGCUAUUGGAAGAGCACGGCAUGUUCGGCCUUCCAGCAGAUCAAUGUCUUCUGGUUCACCCUGCAGGAUUGGAGUGCUUAUCCGUCGUUCGCGGUGCUGGAUCCGGACUCUAAUUGGGAGUUCGAUCUGAGCUGUUGAUGUUCAUGCUGGGAGGCGUAAUAGAUAGAUGGAUGGGAUGUACAAUAUCUCAUAUUGAGUAUAGAAAGGAGUGAUUGGAGUCAAUCCUUCCUUACCAUAGAAAAGGGAUCAGUCCCAGCACGUGACGAGGAGGAAACUCGACGUCGAGGGAAGUACCUCAAAGAACGAAGCAGAGCUGG